AUUUUGACAAACUAUCUACACAAAUUGUAAUAAUUUAAAAAUGAAGUCAUCAUAUUCAAUUCAUAAAUAAAAACCUAUUUAUUUUCUUUCAAAAAAGCUAUUAUUUAGUAUAAGUUUAAGUAUAUUUCGUCAUUGGUUUCAUUUUAUUUUCAAGGUGUUAUAAUUUCAAAAUGUCGCAAAAUAUUAAAAUUUUACCUGGUGCAACUGUGUGUGAGGACUGUACAUUGGAAGGAGAUAUAACAAUUGGUGGAGGGACAGUCAUCCACCCAAGAGUUACUAUCAUUGCUGAUGGUGGCCCAAUUAUAAUAGCUGAAUAUUGCAUUAUAGAAGAAUAUUCCACUAUAAUACAUAAAAAAAGUGAUAAACAAGAAAAUCCACCAAAACCAUUAUUUAUUGGUGCUCAUAAUGUAUUUGAAGUGGGGUGCAGGCUAGAGUCACCCUUCGGCCAUAUUGGAGAGAGCAAUGUGUUUGAAUGUAGAUCAUUUGUUGGUGUUAAUGUUAAAAUUGGUAGUGGAUGUGUUAUUGGUGCAGCAUGUAAUUUAACAGUAGCACAAACAUUAGCGGAUAACACUGUUAUUUGGGGCUCAGAGCAUCAUAACAGAGAAGCUCUAGAAAAGCAACCUUCCCAACUUUUACAAUUGGACUUCCUCAGCAAAGUCAUGCCAAAUUAUCACAGACUAAGGAAACCAAAUGUACAUAAACGUCUCCCUUCCAGACAGUCUCAAGAAAUUUCAAAAUAAUCCUAUGUUUACGAUUUAUUUAUUACUCUUAAAAAAUGUUAUAAUCUAGCUAUGCAAAUUUUAAGCUUACUUUUUAUGUUUAAUAAUUUAAGAAAAAAUUUACUUAAUUUAAUUAGAAAAAUAUUAUUGUCUUUGUUUUCUAUGGCUUAUAUUUGGGUUAUAUUCACAAUCAUACCACUUUUUUUAGUAUUGACAGACUUCCACCUGUCGCCUUGUGAUCCGGAACAUGAAACUCAAAUAUAAUACUCAUUUAAAAUGGGUACUUUAUAUUGUAAAUGUUAAGAGUGCAUGUAUUCUAUAUUACAAAAUCUAUAAUAACCAAUUAGUCCAUGUGUUAACUGCAUGUUAGAACUUUUUAUGUCAGACUACAAAUUUAAAAAAAAAGAAUGGAGGUGCACUUGUACACUCAAAAUUUAGUUUUGUUAAGAAAAACUCUUAAUCUUAGACACCGGGAGGAGGUGGGUGCAAGGGGAUGUUCUUGCCCCCUAUGUCCCUGCCAUGAAAGAGUAUAUUCAGAAAGUCAUUAAGAAACAUUUUUUUAUUAUUAAACUAUUUAAAUAAACUUAUGGGCUAUGGUGUCUUUGUUGUAGUCAAAAUUUGUUCAACAUCUUUUCUAUGUAUUCACUGUACUCGUCUAUCAUUUUCCUGUGAACAGUAUAGGUACUACAUAAACUAUUGUGCGUUAAUACUAUAUUGUAUUAGUUGCCUAAUAUUGUAAUAUUAAUAUGCAGAUGCAUCUCUUAAUCAUCUUAAUUGAUGGUAUUUGUAAACAAUCUGUUAAAGUAAUUUAGUAAAUGAGUUAUUAUGCACUAAAACACCCAUAAUAAAUUUUAAUCAAUAAAG